UCUGUUCCCAGUUUCACAUCAUCGGCAGCGCGCCAGCUCAUCACGCACGCGAGCCGCUGCUGCGCCAGUGCAGAUUGCCGAAGCGCGCUUUCCUUUCUUCACUUCUUGUCUACACUCCCUCCUGUCAUUUGCCUGACCUGCAGCACCUCCGGCCUCGAGCACCCAAGACAGAAAGUCACAUCUCGUUGCCAUGUGGAGGCUUCUUGUACUGGCAGCUCUGCCAGCGCUCAUCGACGCGUCGCCAGCACCAACCCCGAGAAAUGAUGUUGUGGCCCGCGCCCCGGCGCCUACGCCAGGAACUCCAGUGCAUUGGGAUCCAACAAAAACAUACAAGGACCGCAGGGAUAUCAUCGACAGUGUCAAGUCAGACGUCGAUGGAGUGCUGAGCAGAUUGGGAUCGGAUAUCCCCUCAUAUGUGGCUAGCGGGAUACCAAACUUCUUCCAAGACUUUCCGACAGGAGACUCUGUGGUCAGCUCACUGGGGUUGGAUGACUCUCAGCUAGCAGCUCUGCCGACGCAGGCAUUGAAUAUCCCGCCAUAUGCCAACUAUACCGAUCAGGGGUGGAAUGUUCGUUUCCACGGGAAUAUCUACAAACAGCCCAACACUUCGCAAGAGAAGCUCAAUGACUUGGCCAACAUCUUCCUCAUUGACACCAGCGUAGAGGAGCUCCCACAAAACCAGGCAGACCAGGCACGCAAUGUGACCGCAGCCAUCUUCGUGGUCCAGCAAGGAGAUGUGGAAGUCUCACCCAUCACCAUCGAACCCUUCGAUGGCGACCAUGGCGGUGUUGGAGUACCACAAAACAUCACUCUCCCAUACAACACCACAGCACAAGGCGACUUCGACGUGUUCCUCCCCAUCAACAGCGAAGGCCUCCAGCGCGGAAACGAAACCGAGUCAAUUCAGAAGCUCAAUACCUGGGUGAGCAAUACCACCAAUGGCAACGCAACAGCCUACCUCGUCCCCAACCAAGGCAUCACCAUCAUCUCCGACAUUGAUGACAUCCUCCGCGUAACAAAAAUCUACGACCCCAAAGAAGGCCUUCUCAACUCCUUCGCCCGUCCCUUCGUCGCCUGGGAAAACAUGCCAGAAAUCUACGCCAACUGGUCGCAAGCCCUUCCCAACGCCCACUUCCACUACCUCACCACGCUCCCCGAACAAGUCACCCGCAACUACGAAGAAUUCAUCUACGCCACCUACCCCGCCGGCUCCUUCGACACCCGUCCCCUCAAUUUCAGCGACGUUUCCGCAACCCUCCAAAUCCGAAAAUUCCUCCUCGAACGCAUUUUUGAAACCUUCCCGCAGAGGAAGUUUGUUCUUGUGGCUGAUACUUCGAAUUCGGAUGUCAUGAAAGCCUACCCCGAAAUGGCGAAAGAGCAUCCGGAGCAAUUGCAAUGCAUUUUCCUCAGGAAUACUUCCGCGACAGACGAUUCUGAUCACUUUCCAUAUAAUACCGAUGGCUUCAAAGACAUUGAUCAGAACAAGUAUAUGUUCUUCGUUAAUGCGGAUGAUUUGAAGGGGAUCGAUCUGGCUAGCGGAGACUGUUAUAACAACUCAAUUCCUCAAAAUUUGACCUUCGGAUAUCAAGGCUUGCCGUUUGGUGUUGGGGAUGAUGCUCCGGUGAAUGGAAGUGCGGAUGGGUCUGUAGAGGGUGCAGGAACAGUGUUCGCUUCGAUACCCGAUAUGACACUGCUCUUCUGGGCAGUGAUGGGAAUGGUAUUCUGGCAGGGUUUGUAAUGUAUAACUGACUUAUCGUGCCUGCUAGAAGCAUGCAUGAGAGAAGAGAAAAUAUCUCGUUCAGAGAUGAAUGAUAAUGAACAGACACAGCGUGUGCGCGAGGUGAAAGGUCUUCACACCAUUAGCGACUGAUCUUUCCAAUGAACGGUAGAGACCCUAGAGAUUGUAUCGGUAUGAGAACAGUGCACAGUUACAGCGUCCAAAGUAGAAGAAGAAAGAUGAUGAUAGCGAGUGCAAACAAUAAUCGGAAUUUCAAGAGAGACAAGUCCUCUACUGUUCUCCAUUUUCGU